GGCAGCUGAGGAAGGCAAAGAUGGGGGUGAUUAGGAGGAGCUUGCUUUUCUUAGGAAGGAAAACGUAUGUUUGCAUUGAGGGGAAUGACCCAGGGAGGGGCAGUGGCUGGCUGUCACUGGGGGGGUGAGGCCAGGACACUGGGUGGCCCUGCGAGAGAGAGGACUUUCUCAGGGAGUCAGGUCUGAGAGUGCAGGUGCUUGGGGUUCCCAUCCAGCUGCUUCCAGCUCUGGGAAGCAGGGAGCCUGGACUUGGGUUGCUUUCGGAUGGGCAGAGCUGGGGCCCAGGAGAGCGGACCCGAAAGACGCCUGCCACGGGAGGAGCCUAUGGGCAGAUGGGACCUGCCUGAGGCGCAAGGUUGAGGAAGACGGAGACAGAACAGAUGGGUCAGCCCAGCCGGGAGGUCGCUGGGUGGAGGGUGUGGGUGGGCGUUGCUGGGUCAGCUUCCAGCAGAAUCCGCCACCAGAGACGCUCGACACCCCAACCUUCCCCUUGUCGGAAGAAGCCUGGUGCCGGGUAUUGGGGCAGAGCCAGGGCAGCGUCCUCCUGCCCAGGUCAUCAGGCCACACAGUGGGUGAGGUGCCCCAGGGGUCUCCCAGCACCCAGCCCUGCAAGGCCUGGGGGCAGUGGCUCCUCAGCAAGGGCAGCAGGGCUGUGGGGCACAGAGAUGCUGCCAGAGGCCCCUGGACAGAUGGGUGGACAGGAACUCCAUGCCUCGCCAUAAGGCCUAUGAGUCCUGUGCUCCGGGGAACAGGAAGCACCACGCCUGUGACCGUCCCCCAGUGCCGGUGUACAGAAGCGGAAACCUCCCCCAGCUUCCUCUGCGCUGGACACUCCCUGGGGACCCGCAGGUGCCACUGCCCCUCUAGGCCCGGUUGGCCAGGGAGGCCCCAGACCCUGACCCCAGCCUGACCCUUGGAGGGAGGCCGGCGUUUUCUGCUUCCCCAGCAGCGGACCUCGGUGUGCAGGCGGGCAGGGGGGCUGUCCUGGGGGCGGGGGCCAGCUGGAGCCUGGCCUGACGCAGCUGCAGGGAGGGCGACCUGCAUGUGAGUGCCGCCUCUGUGCCAUGGACCACGGUCAGCCCAGCGUGGAGCCCGUGGCCACGGGCCCCAGAGCCCUGGACAGGAGCGUGAUGGCGCCGCUGCGCGCCGUGGUCCACCUGCGCCGCCGCGUACGCCUCCUGCGCAAGAGGCACCUCUUUACCCCAGGCGCCGGGCUGGACUCCGGGCAUCUGGCGCCCCGCAGGGAUCCGGACCAGCCGCAGAUCUUCACUUUCGACAGCCCCACAGAGCUGUCCACAAGGACGCCUCGCAAGAGGCGCCGGCGCAGCCGCGUGGUGCUCUAUCCCGAGACCUCCCGAAAGUGCCGGCCGCGCGCAGAGCGCCGGAGCCGCGCACAGCGCUGCCUGUUGUUGCUCGUAGCCAUCGUGGGCUUCCAGGUGCUCAACGCCAUUGAGAACCUGGAUGAUAACGAGCAGCGCUACGACCUCGACGGGCUGGAGAAGGCGCUGCAGCGCGCGGUGUUCGGCCAGCCGGCUGCUGUGGCGCGCAUCGUGGCGCUGCUGCGAGACUACCUGUCCACGCACGUACACAGCCGCCCACUGCUCCUGGCCCUCCACGGACCCAGCGGAGUGGGCAAGAGCCACAUGGGCCGCCUGCUGGCGCGCCACUUCCGCGCGGUGCUCGAGGACAGUGAGCUCGUGCUGCAGUACCACAUGCGGCACCACUGCCCGGAGCCGCGCGCCCCGCAGGGCUGCCGCGAGGAGCUGGCGCGGCGGGUGGCUGCGGUGGUGGCGCAGGCCGAGGCGGAGGAGAAGACCCCGCUCCUGGUGUUGGACGAGGUGGAGCUCAUGCCGCAGGCUCUCCUGGACGAGCUGCACAGCCUCCUGCAGCCGCAGCGCUCGCAUCACUUCCACAACGCCGUCUACGUGCUGCUGAGCAGCGUGGGGGGCGCGGAGGUCACGCGCUUCGUGCUGCAGAACGCGUCCCGCUCGCAGCCGCCGUGGCCCAGCGGCCCCACGCGCGGCGCCCGCGCCGAGGAGGAGCUGAGCUCUGGCCUGAGGGCGCUCUUGGUCCGCGAGCACCCGCUUUGGCAGACCGCAGCCAUUGUGCCCUUCUUGCUACUGGACAAGCGGGACGUGGUCAGCUGCUUCCGGGAGGAGAUGGCAGCCGAGGGCUUCUUCCCAGAGCAGGCCCGCGCAGAGCUCCUAGCCGAGCAGCUCAGCUACUACCGAGUCGCCGGCCGCGAGUUCGCUGUCACGGGCUGCAAGCAGGUGGUGGCCAGGGUGAACCUCCUGUAGCGCGGGCCGAGGUGGACGAUAGGGGUCCGGGUCCCGUUAAAUGUUGGGUGGCAGGAGUGGGAAGAGACCUGUGGGUUUGCCCCAGGCCUGAGGCCCCUAAUAAAUCUGCCUGUGGAGA